GAGGAAUCAUUGUGAUCUUAUAUUGUAGUCAUUUUCUUUCUCCUCAUAGCAGCUGUGCCUGAGCUGUGAUCGGCACUGCUGCUUGUUUACACAGGAAGUGUUGCCUUAGAAACUUCCCUCCUCCCUACACUUCCCCCUUGUGCGGUGCUGUGUGAUCCUCCAGCAGUAGGAGAGAAGUCUAUGAAGCUUUAUGCUGUGAAAAGGAGCCCCUGGGAGUGCAAAGUAACGGCAAGGGGCCUUGACCAUUGGAGGAAUAGGCCUGGUUUGUUUUGAUUGGUUAAUAAGGGAUAAUGGGCGAGGUUAGCACGCGCUACUGCGUACUUAAGAAAAGAGCGGGAGAAUCUGUCAUCACUGUCAUCAGCUUGUUAAGAAAAUUUGUGUGAAAAAGUGCUUGUCGUUUGAGUUAUUCGCUAUGGCGCAGUUUGAUGCUCUUUUAGAGCAGCUUAAGGUGGAAGCCGUUAAAAGGGGCCCUACCUGGCUCGAAGAGAAGUUACGUCCACUGUUGGUUCCGGAUAUCGGAGAGAGGGCGGAUAAAGAGGCUGCUUCUCCUAGACCAGUAAGGCUUUCUAGGCCUCCGGUUCGUCUGGAUCCUGAUUCUGAAGGUAGUAACGGUGGCCGUAGGAGAUCCAGCCCCAGUCCGGGGGUAAAGUCGACCAUGAAGAAGAGAACAGGUUCCAGUUCUGGGAGUCGGCAUGUUGAAGCGGAGAUCAGGCAUCCUGCUAUACCAUCCAGCAGCAGUGUUUCUAUAGCGGAGCAAGUGAGAGUGUCUGAAAAGGAGGGUGAUUAUUUGCCUAAGGGUAAGAUGGCCAAUUUAGGCCAGAAAGAGGCUAGUAAAGGAAAGAGGCAAGUUAAUAAAGGUGACGGCUCGUUGAGGCCUAGCUUAGCGAGUGUUAGUAAUGAGCAAGUAAGUAGUGUUAGGUCAGUAGGUGUAUUAGAAAGACAGACGGGCGAGGAUAGUAGGGAGUCAGGGGUUCCAGGCUUGUCUGUUUUAUCUCAGGUGGUUGAGGCACAGGUACAUAAAGUUUCAAAGACGGCCCAGGUUUUCAGGCCUAGUAGCAGUUUUGAGGAGCAGUCUUAUCGAGUACUAGAUGAGAGAGUUAAGGGGGUUGAAGUAAGUGAGAAUCAGCCCGAUGCGGAGGUUUGUACUGGCAGUGAGGAAUUAACCUUAUAUUUAGAUUCUUCUGAGGAGGAUUUUAUACCUACUUCUCCUCGUAUGGUUGGUUCUCUUCGCCAGUUUAAGCCUGCAGUUAGAGCAUCGGGAGAUUUAAUUUUAAGGGGUGAGUUACGAAAUUUGAGGGAAGGGAAUGCUGAUGUGGUUAAAAAUGUAUCUGUUUCUAAUAAUGUUUAUCUUUUAGAAGGGAAUGAGAUUGGGUCACGGCCUGUGAAUCCUCUGGGUUUUCUGGUGGUGGGAAAUGACGGCCUGAGUGGGGAAGCUUAUGGCCUUCAGGAAUCCUGGACGGAUAAUAUCAGGCUUGAUAUAGAGGACGGCGUUCCGAUGGCGGGACGUCCUAAUUCGAGGGGAGAAGAAGCAGGGGCUGAAAGAAGUCAACAAGAGAUGGCUAUUACGGAAACUAGGACUCCUGGGUUCCAAAAUAGGGAGAAGGUCACGGCUGCAUCUCAAGUGGAUCAGUCUACUGCGGCUCAGGAUUUUGGAUCAGUGGAGCCGUUUUCGGGAGCUUGCUCCUCGGGCAGAUGCAGUCGGAACGAAUUUCCCGGAUCAAUUAUGGAAGCUUGGGGAGGAGGAUUGGCUGAGUUAAUUAAGAAUUCUUUGGCUCCAGGUGUGAGGAUCGUAUGGGUGAUGGGGCAUUCAUUUAUAUAUUGGGCCAAUGCUGAGGCCAGUAAGAAAAUGGGCGGCCUGCAGCUCGGGUGUCCAGUUGGUCAAUGGGAAGUCAAAUGGUUUGGGAUUAGGCGCAUGUGUUGGGAGCUUUUGUUUCCAGUAUUUGUUGAGUACAGCAAGGUGUUCCAUCACCCUGAUGUUUUAGUGUUGCAUUUGGGGGGGAAUGACUUGGGUAUUAUUCCUCAGAAGGAACUAGUCAGAAGAAUAAAAAGAGAUUUGGGCAAUAUUAAAGAUCUUUAUCCUGAGAUAAAAAUAAUUUGGUCACAGAUUACUCCACGUCUAGUGUGGAGAUCAGCAUGGGAUUAUGAUAAGCUUGAAAGGAGCCGUAAAAAAUAAUAAUAAAAUAGUUAGUUCUUUUGUAAGAAGGUUGGGGGGGGGUUGUUUUUCACCCAGAUUUUGAAGUUGAAGGGGCUGAGGAAUUUUAUCUAAAAGAUGGUGUUCCCUUUAAUCAAUUCAGGCUGCAGAUAUUCCUGUUUGACAUAAAAGAAGCUUUGGAAAUUUUUUUGGAUUUGGCGGGACUGGGCUGCUUGAGCAGACCAGUCGGUGGUGGGGGUGCUAGUUCCCAGACAAAUAUUUUAAGCAAUAUGGCCAAGUGAUUUGGAGGAUGUUAAGAAGUUGCCUCUCCAUGGGGUGAGAGGGCAACUGGUUUAUUAUAGGAACAAGGGGUUCCCUAUUAAAGUGGAGGUGUGCUUGGUACGGACUCAACGUGGAUAUAGUUGAGUCCAGUUUUUUGAAUAACGGCCAUCUUGUUUUUUGUGGGUUUGGGAACUAGCACCGCUGUGGGGAAUUGGCAAUAUGUUUUAAUGUGAAUGUUAAUUAAGAACAUCAGGUAUGUUCUGUUUAAAAUGUUUAAAGAUGUUUUAUUAUAUUUAAUAUUUAAUUUAUGUUAUUAAUAAAAUGGCUGCGGCCAAUUUUAUACCAAA